AUGCUGGGAAAAUCCCGGGAAAUCGGUGUCCUGCUGGCCGCGUGCCACGCGCUGGACAACAGCACGGCCGGCCGGAGCGCCCCGGUGGCGGCGGCCGUGAGGUCACACUUCAACGAGUGCCCCGACUCGCACCGGCAGUUCUGCUUCCACGGCACGUGCCGCUUUCUGGUGCAGGAGGAGAAACCCGCCUGCGUGUGCCACUCGGGGUACGUGGGGACGCGCUGUGAGCACGCUGACCUGCUGGCCGUGGUGGCCGCCACCCAGAAGAAGCAGACCAUCACAGCCCUGCUCGUGGUGGCCGUGGUGGCCUCGGCGCUGCUCGUCACCGUCUGCGUCCUGGUGCACUGCUGUCGCCUGCGGAAGCGCUGGCCCUGGCCCUGGCCCUGGCCCUGUCCCGGGAGGUGCCGCGAGCCCGGAGCCAGCCCUGAGAAACCGGGGGGGCUGCUGAAGGGGGGAGCGUCCUGCUGCCACAGCGAGACAGGUGUGUGACAGCCCCGGGGACACCUGGGGACACCUGGGGACCCCCCAGGACCGUCCCCUCCCCCUGCUCCGCUUCGGGUCCUUUUUGGGGCGUUUUCCCCUUUUCCCGCCGUUUUCCUGGGUUUUCCCUCGACUUUUGGGGCCUUUUCCCGGGAUUUUUCAAACCCAGAUAUUUGGGAUUUUAACCCAAACCCCCGCCAGGAUGGGGAUUUAUUUUUCUACAGGAAAAAACCCCCCGACCCUGGCUUAUUUUUGGGGACAAAUCCCAGCUUUUUAUUAAUAAUAGAUGAAUUUAAAUCCCAGGAAACCUCCUCGGGCUGGAGGCACAACCUUAAUUUCCCCUUAGUAACCAACCCUUGUGGAGCUUUUCCCUCUGUUUUGGGGUUGUUUUUGGGGUUGUUUUGGGGUUUGUUUUUUUUUUUUUUAAAGUCAUGGUUACUCUCAUGUCUUCUGUAUAUGUUGCACUGAAAGUUAAUAUUUAAUGUUUUAAUUUAUUUCGCCUGGUUUAAAUUAAUUUUGAUUCCUAUAAAGAUGUUCUUGUCAUUGCCUGGUCUUGGGGUUUUUAUUUUUUUUUCCUGUCCUAAAAACCUGGGUUAGAGUUAUUUAAGUGAUGUAAAACCAAUUUUUUUUUUCCAAAAAAUUCGUGGGUUGGGUUGUUUUUUUUUUUGGGGGGGAUAUUUGGGAAGGAGAUGCUGAAUCCCAAAGAUGGGAGUGGGAGAAAUAUUCCCAGGGAUGGCUGAGCCCCAAAUUCCCAAAUUUUCAUCCCAAAUUCUCAAUCCCUGAUGCCCCAGUGAUGAACUCAACCCCAUUUUCCCAUUAUUUUAUCCCAGAUUUUGAAGCCCAGUUUUGGGAUCAGCCCCAUUUUCCCAGAUUUUCAUCCCAAAUUUUCCAUCCCCUGAUUCCCCAGUUUUGGGAUCAGCCCACCCCAUUCUGGGGCAGGUUUGGGGCGCAGUUCUGGGGCAAUUCCCGUCAGUUCUGGGGCAAUUCCCGUCAGUUUUGGGGUGAUCCUGGAGGUUUUGAGGCAAUUCCCCUCAGUUUUGGGCCAGUUUGGGACACUUUGGGGUUUCCCAGCAGUUUUGGGGCCAGUCUGGAGCGAUUCUCAGCGGUUUUGGGGCAAUUCCCGGCAGUUUUGGGGGAUUCUCAGCGCUUUUGGGGCGGUUCCUGGCGCUUUUG